CCGCCGCCGCCGCCACAUCCCGCUGCCGCCCUCCUCCUCCUUCCUGCCUGCCUGCCUGCCUGGCUUCUCCUUCUUCCUCCACGGCGCAGGCCCGCCGCAGCGCAGCCGCUCUGAGCAGUAGCUACCGAUGGAGGAACACACGGUGACGCAGACGGAGCACAUGGCCACCAUCGAGGCCCAUGCGGUGGCCCAACAGGUGCAGCAGGUCCACGUGGCCACGUACACGGAGCACAGCAUGCUCAGCGCGGACGAAGACUCGCCCUCUUCCCCCGAGGACACCUCCUACGAUGACUCGGACAUUCUCAACUCCACGGCUACUGAUGAGGUGACCGCCCACCUGGCCGCUGCAGGCCCUGUGGGAAUGGCAGCUGCUGCUGCUGUGGCGACGGGCAAGAAAAGGAAACGGCCUCACGUCUUUGAAUCCAACCCGUCGAUCCGCAAGAGGCAGCAGACACGUUUGUUACGGAAGCUUCGUGCCACGCUGGACGAAUACACCACCCGCGUAGGACAGCAGGCCAUUGUCCUCUGCAUCUCGCCCUCCAAACCCAACCCUGUUUUUAAAGUGUUUGGUGCAGCACCGCUAGAGAACGUGGUGCGCAAGUACAAGAGCAUGAUCCUGGAAGACCUGGAGUCCGCUCUGUUGGAACACGCACCUGCGCCGCAAGAGGUUAACUCUGAGCUGCCACCGCUUACCAUCGACGGGAUUCCGGUCUCUGUGGACAAGAUGACCCAGGCACAGCUGCGGGCCUUCAUCCCCGAAAUGCUGAAAUACUCGACGGGCCGUGGCAAGCCGGGCUGGGGGAAGGAGAGCUGCAAGCCCGUCUGGUGGCCCGAAGACAUCCCGUGGGCCAACGUCCGCAGCGACGUCCGGACCGAGGAGCAGAAGCAGAGGGUGUGUGUUGAUGAAAGUCCUCUUGCUUCAGCAAAGGGCUCUGACUUGGGAAGCAAGGAGCAUUGCGAGAGCUCGAGGACACAUCACAGCCAGGUGUCUUGGACUCAGGCGCUGCGGACCAUUGUGAAGAACUGCUACAAACAGCACGGCCGCGAGGACCUGCUCUACGCUUUUGAGGAUCAGCAAACACAGCCUGCAACAGCAACACACAGUAUAGCACACCUGGUCCCGUCCCAAACCGUGGUCCAGACCUUCAGCAAUCCCGACGGCACAGUCUCUCUCAUCCAGGUUGGCACAGGAGCUACGGUAGCGACCUUGGCCGAUGCCUCUGAAUUGCCCACCACAGUUACUGUCGCACAAGUCAACUACUCUGCAGUAACCGACGGAGAGGUGGAGCAGAACUGGGCAACGCUACAGGGCGGAGAGAUGACUAUCCAAACCACCCAGGCCUCAGAAGCCACGCAGGCAGUGGCAUCCCUGGCAGAAGCUGCGGUGGCGGCAUCGCAAGAGAUGCAGCAAGGGGCAACAGUCACCAUGGCCCUCAACAGCGAAGCAGCCGCCCACGCCGUCGCCACGCUUGCAGAAGCCACCCUCCAAGGCGGGGGGCAGAUUGUCUUGUCCGGUGAAACUGCAGCAGCCGUCGGCGCGCUCACCGGGGUUCAAGAUGCGAACGGGCUCGUCCAGAUCCCCGUGAGCAUGUACCAGACGGUGGUCACCAGCCUUGCUCAGGGGAACGGCCCCGUCCAGGUCGCCAUGGCUCCCGUGGCCGCACGGAUAACAGACAGCACCGUCACCAUGGACGGCCAGGCCGUGGAGGUGGUGACUCUGGAGCAGUGACGGGCAAGAGCGGCAGGAUCAUGACGCUGCAGCAGCUUCCUCCUCCUCCUCCCUUGUGCGAAUAGUUUUUCCUACGCCUCUGCAGAGGUGCAAUCAGGUGGCAUUUGUGAGUCUCGCAGCUUUGGAAGCAAAAA